GUGCCUCGGCGGCGGAAGUGACGUCACCGCCCGCGAGGCCCUCCGGUGGGUCGCCGGUCCUAGUCCCGUGCGCGCCGCUCCUGCCGCUCGGCCGCCGGGAACAUGGCGUCCGCACUGGAGCAGUUCGUCAACAGCGUCCGCCAGCUCUCGGCCCAAGGGCAAAUGACGCAGCUCUGCGAACUGAUCAACAAGAGUGGGGAGCUCCUUGCGAAGAACCUGUCGCAUCUGGACACGGUGCUCGGGGCUCUGGACGUGCAGGAGCACUCCCUGGGCGUCCUUGCUGUUCUGUUUGUGAAGUUCUCCAUGCCCAGCGUGCCCGACUUCGAGACGCUGUUCUCGCAGGUCCAGCUCUUCAUCAGCACUUGUAACGGGGAGCACAUCCGUUACGCGACGGACACCUUUGCGGGGCUUUGCCAUCAGCUAACAAAUGCACUUGUGGAAAGGAAGCAGCCCCUGCGAGGAAUUGGCGUCCUCAGGCAAGCCAUAGACAAGAUGCAGAUGAACACGAACCAGCUGACCUCGGUCCAUGCCGACCUCUGCCAGCUGUGUCUGCUGGCCAAGUGCUUCAAGCCUGCGCUCCCGUACCUGGACGUGGACAUGAUGGACAUCUGCAAGGAGAAUGGGGCGUACGACGCCAGGCACUUCCUGUGCUACUACUACUACGGCGGCAUGCUCUACACCGGCCUCAAGGACUUCGAGAGAGCCCUCUACUUCUACGAGCAGGCCAUCGCCACCCCUGCCAUGGCCGUCAGCCACAUCAUGCUGGAGUCGUACAAGAAGUACAUCCUGGUCUCCCUGAUACUGCUCGGCAAGGUGCAGCAGCUGCCCAAGUACACGUCUCAGAUCGUGGGCAGGUUCAUCAAGCCUCUCAGCAACGCGUACCACGAGCUGGCACAGGUCUACUCCACCAACAACCCCUCGGAGCUGCGCAACCUGGUGACCAAGCACAGUGAGACGUUCACCCGCGACAACAACAUGGGGCUGGUGAAGCAGUGCCUGUCCUCUCUGUACAAGAAGAACAUCCAGAGGCUGACCAAGACCUUUUUAACGCUGUCGUUGCAAGACAUGGCGAGUCGUGUGCAGUUAUCUGGGCCUCAGGAGGCAGAAAAGUACGUCCUGCACAUGAUAGAAGAUGGCGAGAUUUUUGCAAGUAUUAAUCAGAAGGACGGGAUGGUCAGUUUCCACGAUAACCCUGAGAAGUACAAUAACCCCGCCAUGCUUCACAACAUUGACCAGGAGAUGCUCAAGUGCAUAGAGCUGGAUGAGCGGCUGAAGGCCAUGGACCAGGAGAUCACCGUGAACCCCCAGUUUGUGCAGAAGAGCAUGGGCUCACAAGAGGAUGAUUCAGGAAACAAACCAUCCAGUUACUCCUGAGGCCAGCGCUCGUCCUGCGUUAGAGGGAAACUGUCCCUUGGCCGGUGGCAGGUGUCGGGAGGGCAGCGGGAAGGACCAGCCGCUUCGCCUGGAUCCUGCCACGUUACGUUUUGUUUUGACAUCUUCAGUCCUGUGUGCUUUCAGAGAACCAUUCUCUCUGCAAAGAAAGGAAAAAGUUUUCAAACUUUAAAGCUUGUGGAUUUAUUUAUCCUCAGAUUAAUGUUGUUAUUGCAUUAAAUCUGCCUUUUUGUUUUAAAUUAUUUGAACAUUGAUGUGUCUUCUGUAUUACUUUUUUUCUCCUCUGAGAAAUUUUUAAAGAAUACACUGUGACCAGAAAUAGCUUUUAGAAAUUAUUGGAAGAUUUGAACCUAAAGUUGAUUUCAUUUGCCUUUAAAAAAAGGAAAAGGAGAAAGGCAGGCGAGGCCGCCAGGCAGAGGCUGACGGUUUAGAAGUGGCAGGCGGUUGAGAGACGCGUGAGUCGCGAGUAACAGGGGUGUCGUGUGCUUUCUGGCCUUCGCUGUGCUGCACUCCUCUAGUCUCAAGAAGGGCUUUUUGUUGUGAAACAGAUGCAACUUUCCCGCUUUUUCUCCUGGAAGCAUUUUCUGUUAAUCUGCACGGCUGCAUUUGGAUGUGUCCAGGGUCGCUCCCUUCAGACCUGUGAAGUGCGUCCCCCACAGGUUCGCCUCGCUGGCCCCGCCAUGCUGGGGAGGCUUUGUGAAGCGUGGUCAGAUUAAACUGGAAUUUGGUCCUUAAAGAACGUUUCUCUCGCUAGUAACAUUCACUUUUUCAGGCGUGUCACGUUGUGUAGUCAGUCACAUUUUCCUCAUUUACAAAAAGAAACUCUGACACCUCGUGCCUAAAAGGUCGCCCUCAUGGGCUUUGGGGUCACGGGCUUCAUCGUGACGACAACUCCUGUGCUGCCAGGAGGCGGGCCGGGGCUGGCCCGACCCCAGGCCCCGACAGCUCGGCCCGAGUGAGGGCUGCCGUGGCCUCCGCGGCCGCCCCGUCUGCACACGUGUGCCGUGUCUGAGGGACACGCUGCCGCCGCGCCUGGGCUCCCGCCUGAGUGGUCACCAGAGCCGUUUGCGUGAGUAGCUGAGACUUGCUUUCAGUUAAUUCUCAGCAGCAAAUCACACUUGGCACCUGCAGCAUCUUGGUGGGGCCUGGAGACGGUGAGUGUGCACCUAGGGCGUGAGGGCAUCUGAGGCCCGAGGCUGUGGCCCGGGCUUGGGCUUCACUGGUGGACUCACGCUGGUGACCUUUCUAAUUUUAAUUGUUUUAGGUUUAAUUUUGAGUGGAGGUAAUUAGGUUUGCUUGCUUGUUCAAUUAAUUUAACGGAGGUGCUGGGCGUUGAACCCGGGACCUCGUGCGUGCUUAGCACGUGCUCUACCACAGAGCUCUGCGCUCCCCGACCCUGGGGGCUUUUCAAGGUUGUCUUUUCGUGGUAAUCUCAAAUGUUAAUAAAUACUCUGGAUUUAUGAGAAUAAUUCAUUUCCCUCAGAAUUUAAUACUUGUAUUUCCAUUUGUGUUGGUGCCAUGUGAAGCCCCCCAAGGGACAGUGUUCAACUUUCAGUAUAGACUUUUUUAGAAGAGUAUGCUUGGUCUGAGAGAUCUCCAGUUUGGGACUGUCAAUGAAAAUAAUAAAAAAUCAAGAAUAAGAACAGAAGUUUUAUUGGAGCCAGCCUGAGGACCAGCCCUGAAGCCUGCUUCCCAGAUGACUUUGAGAAACUGCUCCAGAGAUGCGAUUUCGAGCACAGUUUUAUAUCCUGUCAGAACAAAGAACACUGAACAAGUCAGAGGUACAUUUCUUGAAGGUUUCAAAACAAAACA